AUGGGAAAGACUGGAACACCAGGUGGAAAGAUCAACAGACCCAAAACAGAGCUGGGGAAGAAGCUCUUCAAGCGGCGGAGGAAUCUGACCCGUGAGAAGAGGAAGAGACACAUCAAGGUGGAAGCUGUGGUGGACAAAGGACUCACCACCAUCCACCAUCUCAGGAAGAGAAACUCCAGCCCCAGAGCCAACAUCACUCUAUCUGGGAAGAAGAAACGCAAGCUGCUCAAACAGCUGCAACACAUGGAAGCAGAGAAGGCCGCUAUGGAAGUUGAGGCAGCACCAAACAAGACGAAGGCGGCAGCAGCAAUCCCAGUACCAGCAGCAGUCCCAGUACCAGCAGCAGUCCCAGUACCAGCAGCAGCCCCAGUACCAGCAGCAGUCCCAGUACCAGCAGCAGCCCCAGUAGCAGCAGCAGUCCCAGUACCAGCAGCAGUCCCAGUACCAGCAGCAGCCCCAGUACCAGCAGCAGCCCCAGUACCAGCAGCAGUCCCAGGGGUGACCUGA